CAUAGGCUCCAUUUGCAAGUGUCACUCGGGCGCAGCUCACUCGCACGUUCGUUGACACGCACCCCCCGAGAGAGAAAAGGCAAAAACCCUGUUGCCAAUGUAAUGGAUUUUACAACUUGAGUAUUUCUUCAGUCGCUCUCACGGAAAUAAACACCGUAUGCAAAGACCGGACAUCGCGGGGCUGCAGUGCAGCAUUUGAAACGACCUUACUCGAAUCACGCAAUCGGGAUGACUGGAAGCGAUUUCCGUGGAUUUAAAAUUUUGUAGAUUAUUCAGUUGCUAGCUAGCUGGCUCCAGCCCGAAAGCACGCAUCCACAAUUACAACGUUACAUGGGCUAAUCAACCGUUUUGAUUUCCUUGCUAGCCAGCUAGCUAGCACACUAACGUUUGUUAGCUACUUUUAUUAGGCAAGGUGGUGGUGUGUUAUUUACCCGGGUAUUGGAGAAUAACGUCGUGUGUCAAUUUUUUUUAUCAACGCUGGCUAGCUAGCCGGAAAGCUUUUAAAAAUUAUAUAUAUACGUCAACGAAGGUCAGGGUUCGAGCGGGGGGCUAACUUGGCCUGAAAUUGAAGUCCUCGGAUGUUAUUUUAACACUUCCAUAACAUAACGUUACCUGUGAGAUUUUAGCUAGGUUUUCCUUCAAUGACAACUAACGUAACUAACUAGUUUAUUAGCUAGCUGACUUUAGCCAUGACACUGUACUGAUAACGUUAGCUUAGAAUGUGUGCUUCCUCAAACGUAGCCGCUACUAGCCAACGUUGAUGUGCUUUUUUUGGACUUCGUAUUUUAUUAACGCGAACUAGCUAGCGAACUGUAGCUAGCUAGACAACUCAUAUAGCUAAUGGUGGUGACUAGCCAUCUGAGACAUAUUUGCUGGCUAAUUGGCUAGCUAGAAACCUAGCUAAAUUGUGUUGCCGGCAUAAAUAGCACUAGUACUACCCAGUUAGUUCACACUAACUGUGGAUCCCCCUAUUUACCCCCCCGUGUUGACAUGGGACACAUACUUGUACGCUAGCUGUCUGGCUAGCUAAUUUAGCGGCUAAUGAAGGAAUCAACUUGUUGAUCACACAGGCGGUGUAACUAACAGUUUGCUAGCUCUGGCUAGCGACUUCACUUUUUCCAACGGACGCACGGCGGUUUUACCACUGCUUGCUAAAUGAACACAAGAUCCUGAAACUAUUUGUAUUCGUCUUCCCCUCUACCCUUAUUUUCUACAACAUCCCUGAAAAUGUCGGCCAGGACGCCAUUGUUGUCCGUCAUUGAAAAAUCGUCAGGUGGCCAGGACACCAAGGCAGGGGGCCGUCCCAGCAUGCCGCGGUGUCGGAACUCUGUUGCCACGACGGCGGAGGAGACCCCUCACAUCGGUAACUAUCGGUUACUGAAGACCAUUGGCAAGGGCAACUUCGCUAAAGUCAAACUGGCACGCCACGUCCUCACCGGGAAAGAGGUGGCUGUGAAGAUUAUUGAUAAAACACAACUCAACUCUUCCAGUCUGCAGAAGCUCUUCCGGGAAGUGAGAAUCAUGAAGCUGUUGAAUCAUCCUAACAUAGUGAAGUUAUUUGAGGUGAUCGAGACGGAGAAGACAUUGUACCUGGUCAUGGAGUAUGCCAGUGGAGGGGAGGUGUUUGAUUACCUGGUCGCUCACGGGAGGAUGAAGGAAAAGGAGGCGCGUGCCAAAUUCAGACAGAUUGUAUCAGCAGUCCAGUACUGUCACCAGAAGUGUAUUGUCCACAGAGAUCUAAAGGCUGAGAAUCUACUCCUGGACGCUGACAUGAACAUCAAGAUAGCAGACUUUGGCUUCAGUAAUGAGUUUGUAAUGGGCAGUAAGUUGGAUACGUUCUGCGGCUCUCCUCCCUACGCCGCCCCGGAGCUGUUUCAGGGGAAGAAGUACGACGGACCAGAGGUGGACGUCUGGAGUCUGGGGGUCAUCCUAUAUACCCUAGUGUCAGGGUCGCUGCCUUUCGAUGGACAGAACCUCAAGGAGUUGAGAGAGCGCGUGUUGAGGGGGAAGUACCGUAUCCCGUUCUACAUGUCUACAGACUGUGAGAACCUACUGAAGAAGUUCCUGAUCCUCAACCCCACCAAGAGAGGCAGCCUGGAGCAGAUAAUGAAGGAUAGAUGGAUGAAUGUGGGUCAUGAGGAGGAGGAGUUAAAACCUUACAUAGAACCCAUGCCUGACUACAAGGACCCCAAGAGAACAGAGAUCAUGAUUCAGAUGGGUUACUCCAUGGAGGAGGUGCAGGACUCGCUGGUCAACCAGAAAUACAACGAAGUCAUGGCCACAUAUCUACUGCUGGACUAUACAAACCACGAGCUGGAUGAGGGUAUCAUUAAGCCCCGCCCAGGAAAUGAACUCUCCAACAGUAACGCCCCCUCCCCGCCCAGCAAGGUGCAGCGCAGCGUAUCGUCCAACCAGAAACCUCGCAGAGCCACUGACCAGGGGUCUUCUGCCAGGGGGCGUGGCCAGAGUGAUAACCAGGAGGAUUCUGUGAGGAAAGGAUCUGGCAGCUCGGCCAAAGUUUCGGCCAGUCCGCUGGUCUCCGACCGCAAGAAGAGUGCCACACCCUCUACCAAUAGCAUAUUGUCGAGUGGUACGGGUCGCAGCAGAAACUCUCCUCUCUCUGAGAGAGCUUCGCUGGGCCAGGGGGUACAGAACGGCAAAGACAGCCUGAACACCCCUGGGUCCCGAGCCUCCACCGCAUCUGCUGCUGCCGUCCUCUCCUCCUCCUCCUCCUCCUCUUCCUCCCGUCCCCGCCACCACAAGUCUCUGUCCACCUCCAACCACCCCUGUCCACCCCCCGGUCCCGGCUCUGACUUCCACGCACCGCCUCACGCACCGCACCACCGGCCCAGCGCUCCCCACCAGAGGCCACCUGGCGCGUCCCCCUCAGCCCACAACAUCAGCAGCUCCGCGGUGACGGACCGGACCAACUUCUCCCGGGGGGUGGCCAUCCGCAGCACCUUCCACGCAGGACAGCAGAGAGGUGCCAAAGACCAGCAGGGUUCUCCGGGGGCGCCAGUCUCCCCCUCCCUCAGCCACGGCAACAGCCAGACCAGGAGACCUGGGGCCACCGGUAUCUUCUCCAAGUUCACCUCCAAGUUCGUACGCAGAAAUCUCUCCUUCAGAUUUCCGAGAAGUCCGUAUGAGGGAGAGGGUCAGGAUGAGGACAGCAGGUCGAUGCUGAGCAGCACCGUCGAUAAAUCAGAGAAGAGCGGCGUCCUAGGCUCCUCCCACAGCGGCAGCGGAGACGAGAACAAGGAUAACUCCUCCCCUGUUUCCGGGACCGCCACCCCGCCACCGAAGGACACAUCGACCAAACCGCGUUCCCUCCGGUUCACCUGGUCCAUGAAGACCACGUCCUCCUUGGACCCCGGGGAGAUGAUGAGAGAGAUCCGGAAGGUUCUAGAAUCCAACAGCUGUGAGUACGAGCUCCGGGAGCGCUAUAUGCUGCUGUGCAUCUUCGGGAACCCCUCCCGCGACGACUUCGUCCAAUGGGAGAUGGAGGUGUGCAAGCUGCCCCGCCUCUCGCUGAACGGCGUGCGCUUCAAGAGGAUCUCCGGGACGUCGAUCGCGUUUAAGAACAUCGCGUCCAAGAUCGCUAACGAGCUCAAACUGUGAGACGGAGAGAUGAGGAGUUUUAUCAUGAGGAUAGAGCGGGACGGAGAGAUGAGGGGUUUUAUCAUGAGGAUCAUGAGGAGGAGAGGAAUGGAGAGAAGGAGUGAGACUGAAUGAGAAGAAUGACGCUGUAUUGAGGGGAGGGGGGGGGGGACUGCUGGACACAGCAGGGGGUAGGCUGGAGGGGUUCAAUAUUUGAGAAGAUUUGAAAGAAGAUGAUGGAUGGAGUGACUGUUCCUGUUCUUUCUGUUGGGGGGGGUUCUGUCUAGUUUUUUCCUCUGUUGAGGUUUGUGUUUUAGAACCUCACUGGGUUCUCUAGCUGGGGUUCCCGUCUUCUAGAUCCACUGCAUGUUGGUUCUGCCUCUCUCUCUCUGCCCCACACACUGUACUGAGAGGAGAGGCCUAAGACUGAACGCACCUUCAUACCUGCUCCGAGGCUCUUCUCCAGUCGGUUCUAGACUGGGUUACACUCAGAGUUCUAAAGAGAAGAGAAGAGAACGGACUGACUGGAUGCUGGAAAUAAACUAACUCAACGCUGGAUGGUUCUCCUGGGUUCUACUGUUCUCUGACCCAAAUGGACUCCCGGAACUCGAACCGUAGAACACACACACACACACAGGCAGGCCUUCAGUGGAAGGACAGACUCUUUCUGCCCGUUUGAUGUGAGGAGAGACAGUCAAGACACUGCUCUGUUUUUAAGUCUCACACACACACAUACACACACCAAACCAGACUCCACCCUUAAUGACUGCUGUCUGUUUUUAAUCCACAUACACCAGGCUUCGCCCCGCCCCCCUCAACUAUUUUGCUUUUACAUUUUCAUCAGGGGUGAAAUCACCCCCCUGUCAUCCAGUCCCAGGCCAAUAGACUUGAUUCACCAUUGGAGGACAAACUUUUUAUUUUCUACAUCCUGGUUGUUUGAUUUUCAAGGUCAAAGGUUGUACACUGGAAAAAGGGGAGUUGGUCAGUUUUAUUCGUUGCCUUUCUUUAAAGAAGAACAAUGGGAAAAUGUAGUUAUUCUUCUUGUUGCUGUUCUAUCACAUUACGAUUUAUCAUGACGUUAUUACGACAAAGAAACAAACUUGUGAUUUUUGUUAAUGUUCAAUGGGGUUGUAUCACGCUUCUGUACAGAGAGAGAGAGAGAGAACACAGCAGCCAUCUUUCUACUCUCCUCCAGCACUCCCCUCUCCUCCCCCUCUCCCUCUCCUCCCCCUCUCCUUUCUACUCCCCCUCUCCUCCAUCUCUCCUUUCUACUCCCCCUCCCCUCCCCGAUGUGUGUCCCCAAAGAGUAAGAAGUACAAAUAUCGAGUAUUACAUUUAUUACAUGUUUUAUUGUAUGUAUUCAGAUCUCUGGACAAAUGAAUUAAGGACUUCUUCUCUUGUUGAUUAUUUCUUUUAUUUUACUUUGUUUGGGUUAAAGAAUGCCUCACCUGAGCUCCCCCCCCCCACACUUAUCUCUGAUGUCACCCAACCUUGUGUCUCCCUGUACCCCUUCACCCCAACAGGACCCCACCCUCUCCCUAACCGGGCAUCUACCUGACUGCUGUGUCUAAGUUAGGUGUGGUCAGUCCAAACGGAGUGGAUGAUGAAGACAUCUCGUUCACCUUGGGGUUGAUUUAUUAUCUGUAGGAGGGUUGGGGUUUAAUGUGUGAACAUGUUACCAUGCCAACAGCCUUACUAUGACCAGUCCUCCAUCAGCCUAAAGCAGAACGAGACGGGGAGAAUGCCAGAGAUUUGAAUUCCCAAUGUUUUCAGAGCAAGGCCGCACGUUCUGUCACUGCGUGCCUUGUGAGUGUGUGUGUGUGGUGUUGUGUGAAUGGUGGUUGAGUGUAUUCUUGUUAUCAGCACGGGGCAUUGAUUCUCUUUAGGAGCUCUCUGCCAGUGGAAAGGAGUGAGAGGAAGCAAUCUCUAGCCAAAUGAUAGCUGCCUGCUUGGGUGAGGGGGAGGGAGAGGGGAGUACACGGCCCUUGAACAGGUAUACAUGAGCAAAACACCUCUGUUCUUUCUAUUUGUUCUGUUAAAUCAUUGUUUUAAGGUGCUGGGAAAAUGUAUUCUUCUUACUAUUGCUGUUAUUACUAUAUUUCAGGGUUGAUUUAUUGUUUUACAUUUUUGCUGUAAUUUCCGAGUCAAACACUUUAACCAGUAUUUGGUUGGUUGGGAGGGACAGGGGUCGACUCCAAAUGUAUUUGUUUUUGUGCAAAGAAAUUCAAUGAAAGUAAUAAAAAUAAAUAAAAAGCUGGUUGCAUUUAGGCCAGUGUAACAAAAGUA